AUUUUUGGCAUGCAAUGGACAUGUCGUCGCAGCACGAACCCUUGCUGGGAAUUCUCGGUGGCGUCGGUCCGGCCGCUGGACUUGUCCUGCAUCAGGCCAUCUUGCGACACACGCAAAAUCUCGGCACAGACCAAGGCCAUCUCGACGUCGUGCAUGUGUCCCGGUCCUCAGAUAUGGCGGCCCGACCAGCGUACCUCGCUCAGCAUACAUCAAACACGAUCACAAUCGAGAACCCAGCGCUCGGAAUGGCGCGGAGUCUGAAGAUGCUUGUCCACGCCGCCCUCACUCGGCAGGCCAAGCUCAUCGUUGGUGUGCCAUGCAAUACUUUCCACGCACCGCCGAUUUGGGAUACGUUUGUGUCGGCGGUGGCUGCCGAGGACCCAACGUCGUCUGUCACGCUAUUGCACAUGCUCCAUGAAACUGUACGCAUGGUGGCUGAAAUCGCACCCUCCGCCCGCGUCAUCGGCGUCAUGUCCACGACCGGAUCGCGGCACUCGCGCAUUUACCACAACCUGUUAGAACCACACGGGUACACCGUCGUCGAAGUCCCUAUGGCGCAGCAAGACGCGCUAAACGACACAAUAUUCAACACGGAAUGGGGCAUCAAGGCCACAUCGCCCAGCAUCCACCCUCGAGCCGUGUCCAAUUUCGAAUCCUUUGCGACGCAGCUCAGCGAGAUGGGGGCGCACGUCGCGAUAUUGGGGUGUACCGAGAUUCCGAUGGCUCUGCCGGGGUCGGACGUCAACGGGAUGUUGCUGGUGGACCCGAUGGUCGCGCUAGCUCGCGCCAUGAUUCGCGAGGCAGACCCAUCCAAACUCGUGCCUCUCGACAUGCGGCUGGAUCUGGCGCGUUGUCCGGUAGGGAAGCCCAAGCGAACGCUGAGUGUUCGCAGCGAAGAUGGCCACACCGACCUCAUGGACGACGAUUACGACUCGGACAAUGACCGAGAAGCUCCUGUUGAUGUGGAUACGUUCCGAUUUUGCUUUUACUGAGAGCAUCCUUGUAUCUACUGCUUUGUAGCGUCCUUCGCUUAACGGUAUACUGAAGUACAUUACAGUCGUGCUGUGCCCUUCG